GCGCAUAGCUCCAUGUGUCCGGCGGGACUGCCCCUGGCUUUUUUUCUGGGGAAGAUCAUAUUGGAUCAUAUUGUUUGCAGGACGUUGUUCCUCCUGCAGCCCCUCCAGUCUAUCCCGACGUAGUUGUGAAUUGAACAUGGCGACUGUACCAGUAUAUUGCAUCUGCAGAUUACCUUACGACGUGACCCAGUUCAUGAUCGAGUGCGAUGCCUGCAAGGACUGGUUCCACGGCAGCUGUGUUGGGGUGGAUGAAGACGAUGCUCCUGACAUUGACAUCUAUCACUGUCCAAACUGUGAAAAGACCCACGGCAAGUCCACCUUGAAAAAGAAGAAGAACUGGAGUAAACAUGACACAGGGCAGAGCACAGACAUCAAAGCUGUUCAAAAUGGCAGUCAGGUCUUCAUCAAGGAGCUCCGAAGUAGAACCUUCCCCAGUGCUGAUGACAUCCUGGUGAAGCUCAGCGGCUGUCAGCUGACCUUGGAGUUCCUGGAGGAAAACGGCUUCGACCAGCCAAUCCUGGUUCAGAAGAAAGACGGCCUGGGUAUGUCCAUGCCCGCCCCCACCUUCUACAUCAGUGACGUGGAGAACUACGUUGGUCCGGAUGUGAGCGUGGACGUGGUGGACGUCACCAAGCAGACCGACAGCAAGAUGAAGCUGAAGGAGUUUGUCGAUUAUUACUACAGCACAAACAGGAAGAAGGUGUUGAACGUCAUCAACCUGGAGUUCUCGGACACCAGAAUGAGCAACAUCGUGGAGAGUCCUCACAUUGUGCGGCAGCUCUCUUGGGUGGAGAACUACUGGCCUGACGAUGCUCUGCUGGGAAAGCCCAAAGUCACCAAAUACUGCCUCAUCUGUGUGAAAGACAGCUACACUGACUUCCACAUCGAGUGUGGGGGGGCCUCCGUCUGGUACCACAUCCUAAAGGGAGAAAAGAUCUUCUUCCUCAUCAAGCCCACCUCAGCCAACCUGUCGCUGUUUGAGCGUUGGAGGUCCUCGUCCAGUCACAGCGAGAUGUUCUUCGCCGAUCAGGUGGACAAAUGCUACAAAUGCACCCUGAAGCAGGGCCAGACACUCUUCAUCCCAUCAGGCUGGAUCAAUGCCAUACUGACUCCGGUGGACUCGCUCUCCUUCUCUGGACACUUUGUGCACAACCUGAGUGUGGAGAUGCAGAUGAGAGCGUAUGAAAUCGAGAAGCGGCUCAAGGUCAGAAGCCUCACCCCUUUCCCCAACUUCGAGACGGCGUGCUGGUAUGUGGGACGCCACUUCCUGGAGCGAUUCAAAGGUUUACACAAAGCAAACAAGCAGCCGGCUGCAUACCUGAUUCACGGUGCCAAAAUCAUUAAUGGUGCCUUUAGAGCCUGGACGAAGAAACAGGCUCUGCUGGAACACGAAGACGAGCUUCCAGAGAACAUGAAACCAUCACAGCUCAUCAAAGAUCUCGCCAAAGAGAUCAGACUGUUUGAGAAUGCAACAAAAGUCAUAAAAAGCGAACCAAACGUCAAAGUUCCCGUCGAAGAGCCUCCGUCCGCCCAAUCUGAGCCGGAGGAACCCGUUUCCCCAGAAGACAUCCCAUCACCCAGUAGAGAAAAGUUCCGAAAGAAAGCUUCCAAACCGCCAAAACCCCCCAAACCCCCAAAGCUGCCCAAGGCCCCCAAACCUCCCAAAGUACCCAAGGUGAAAGAGGAAGGCAAAAAGAAGACAAAGAAGACAAAGGAGUUGUCGGUGCCUCCUAAACCUUCCAACUUUGCAGCUCUAGAGUCCCAUGCCAAGGACAUCUUGAGUAAAAUGGAACUGCCAAGAAAGCAGAAGGCAGUGAAGAACAUCCCGAGUGUGUCUGAGAAGGAGCUGUCCAAGCAGAACAGCGUGGAGAAGUUUGAAAUGCGAGAGCAGAACAAAAACAAGACCGAAGCGAAGUGGAAGUAUAAGAACAGCAAACCCGAUUCCCUGCUGAAGAUGGAGGAGGAAGGCCGAUUCGAUCGGACAUCACUGUCAGGACACAAAGACAGAUUCAGCUUCACCAUGUCUCACCUGAGAGCUCCCAGCUCCAAGCUCCUGAAACCUCAGACCAACUCCGGUCUGUUUGGAUCACUACAAAACCUUAAAGAGGAGAAGAGCAAGCCGGUUAGGGAUGAGUACGAGUACGUCUCUGACGAAGGAGAGCUGAAGAUCGACGAGUUCCCCAUCCGGCGGAAGAAGAACACCGUGAAGAGAGAUCUCUCCAUUCUUUCAGACAUCCUGCAACCAGCCAAAAAACCAAAGUUCCAGCCGUUGGGGACGAAGACCGCGGACUCCUCCGACGAAGAGACUCUGCACAUCGACACUGAGGCCAAGUCUGAACUCAGAGGUCGCAACUCCAAGAUGAAGAAGAAGACCGUGAGUGCUGCAGGAAUCCUGGACCUGCUUCAGGCCAGCAAGCAAGUGGGUGGGAUCGACUACAGUACCAACAGUCAGCCGCCUGCAUCUCCCAGCACACAGGAGGCCAUUCAGGGCAUGCUGUCCAUGGCCAACCUGUCGUCUUCAGAGAGCCUGCAGCAGCCGUGGAGCAACAGCCAGUCGAAGAACAACAGCCAGUCCAAGACCAGCUCGCACAGCUCACAGGCUGGCAAGAAGGGCGGCGGGGGCGCCGGCGUGGGGAGCAGCAACGGCAAACGGCCGAUCAAACGUCUCCCAAAGAAACCCAGGAAAAGCAGCAGUAUUGAGAGCCUAGAUUACGACGAUGACCAGGAUCACAUGGAUGCAUGUUUCAAAGACUCCGACUAUGUGUAUCCCUCACUGGAGUCGGAAGAAGACAAUCCUGUGUUCAAAUCCAGAUCGAAAAAGAGGAAAAACAGCGACGACACUCCAUACAGCCCAACAGCUCGGGUUGGACCUUCGGUUCCCCGACAGGAGCGUCCAGCCAGAGACGGAGCACGCGUGGCCUCUAUAGAAACCGGUUUGGCUGCAGCUGCGGCGAAGCUUUCUCAUCAGGAGGAGCAGCAAAAGACCAAGAAAAAGAAGAAAAGCACCAAAAAGAAGGCCUUGCUGAGCGAGGAACCCCUGAAAGUCUCUCAGGACAGCAGCUCUCCAGAGCACAAUCUGGACUCACAGGACGGGAGCCUGACAGACCAAGAGUUCAACACUGGAACGGUCAAGUCCCCGGGGGGGCACCAUCCCAUGGCGCCGGGGGUCUUCCUCGCCCAGAGGCGGCCAUCCGUGUCCUCUCCCAACAACAGCAGCAACUCCACCAACACCAGCAGCAGCAGCACAGCAAAGGGAGAGCGCGCAGGCUCAGUGGACACCAAAACAAAGCGGCUGAAGAAAGGCAUGGCAACAGCAAAACAGAGACUGGGAAAAAUUUUAAAGAUCCAUCGAAAUGGAAAGCUCCUCCUGUAGCAGCAGCAGUAGCCUGCUGAAAGACUGAAGACUCAUCCAAACUCACUGAAGACAGCCACAAACGAUGAGCUGGACCACCGUGGGCAAGGAAGAGAAUCAUGCAUUUUCAAUUUCUAAAAUGAACAUCACUCAGAUAGGUUUUUGCCUCUACUUAUACUUUAUAACUUUCAGAUAUUAAAGUGUACAGAAGCUAUUAUAAAUAUUUUUUAAGAGAA